GGAUAUCCAGGCGUAAAGGGCGAGCGCGGCUAUCAAGGUGUACCAGGAGUGAAAGGAGAUCGUGGAAUGCCGGGCAGAACCGGUGAGCCAGGCAUUCCAGGUGUGCCUGGAACAAAGGGCCACAAGGGAAUGGAUGGAGUUCCUGGAACAAAUGGACAACCUGGGCCACCUGGAUGGCCCGGUCGUAAGGGCGAAAGUGGUGUUGCCGGACGACCAGGUGGAAAUUAUCUUAUGCCGUUGAGCACUUGA